AUGUAAAAUAGAGAAUCUACUGAAUGUUAGACUUUCAAAAAUUAAGCUGCCGUCAAUAACCAAGAUCAAUAGGUCCCUUAUUUUGAACUGUUGCGGUAUGCCACUGAAAAAGACAAACUACUAAUGAUAAUUGGUGGUCUGGCAGCCUUCCUCAAUGGGGCUGCAUUUCCAAGUUUUUCUAUCAUUUUAGGAGAUAUGACAGACUCAUUUUCAGAGGCAGGAGAUGAGAUGGUUCAUUAAGCUGGUCUGAAUGCUAUGUAAUUUAAACCUAUUAUUUAGAUACUUCAUAAUUGUAGCUUGUGGAACUAUGUUGAUGUCUUUCAUAAUGUUUGCCACGUGGAUGAUUACUGGAGAGAACCAGAGCAUAGAAUUUAGGAAGAGAUACUUUGCUGCCAUUCUUCGCUAAGAAAUUGGAUGGUUUGAUACAAUUAAUCCUAACGAAUUGAACAGCAAAGUAGCUAACGAGACCUUUGCUGUUUAAGGAGCCAUAGGAGAAAAGGUUCCAACGUUUAUAAUGACAUUUUCAAUGACAUUCUUCGGAUUUUUAAUCGGAUAUAUCUAGUAAUAUUUAUGAAUCACUAUUUAUAGUGGUUGGUAAUUAGCUCUCGUAGUUACAGCUAGUCUUCCAGGUGUUUCCAUUGCAACAGCCAUCUUUGCCAUAAUUGUUCAAACUUCUGAGAAUGCAACCUAAAAGGUCUAUUCUGAGGCAGGUGCAUUAGCUGAAUAAGCAAUAAAUGCAAUUAAGACUAUCAAAAUGCUUGAUGGAGAGGAUUUUGAAGUUGAGAAGUAUAAAAACAACCUCCUUCAAGCCACUGCAACAACCAUCAGAUAUUAAUUUGGUGUCAGUAUAGCCUUCGGUUUUCUGUGGGCAUCAUUCUUGUGGGCUUACUCGCUUGGAUUCUGGUAUGGAGCCAAACUAAUAUCUGAUUAGGUAUUGAAUAUCUGAUAUACACUAGACUCUCAAUCACAAUAUGGGAGCUCCAUAUACUGUUGGAAAUGUAAUGAUCAUAUUUUUUUCGGUGGUUACAGGAGGGUUUUCAUUAGGAUAGGCUGGGCCAUGUGUCUAGCACUUUGCAAAAGGUAGACAGGCUGCAGUUAAGAUGUUUGCCAUUCUUAAUAGAACACCAAAGAUUUUGAAUCCUUUGAAUUCCAAGAAACUAGGAGAUUUUAAUGGGACUAUCUUACUGAAAAAUGUCCAUUUCAGCUAUCCAAAUCGUCCUGAUCAGCAGAUUUUAAAUAAGUUAAACUUACUUAUUCCAUCAGGUAAGAAAGUAGCAUUAGUCGGAGAAAGCGGUUGUGGUAAGUCAACUGUCAUGCAACUUAUAGAGAGGUUCUAUGACUGUGAUUAAGGAGAGGUGCUAUUUGGAGGGGAGGACGGAAUUAACGUUAAAGAUUUAACUCUUUUAGAUUUGAGAAGUAGAAUAGGUUUGGUAGGUCAAGAACCAGUAUUAUUUGCAACUAGUAUAAAAGAAAAUUUAUUAUACGGAAAGAUCGAUGCCACUGAGGAUGAGAUGAUAGAUGCAUUGAAGAAGGCAAAUGCCUGGGAUUUUGUUUCAAAAAUGGAAUAAGGGUUAAAUACUUAUGUUGGCAUUGGGGGAAGUUAAUUAAGUGGAGGAUAAAAACAAAGGAUUGCAAUUGCCAGAGCAAUUUUAAAAAAACCUUAGAUUCUAUUAUUGGAUGAAGCCACAAGUGCUUUGGAUAGAACGAAUGAAAGGUUAAUUUAAUAAACCUUGGAUGAAAUAUCUAAGGGAAUUACUACUAUAGUGAUUGCUCAUAGAAUGAGUACUAUUCAAAAUGCAGAUUUGAUUUAUGUUAUUGAAAACGGUUAAGUUGCAGAAUCAGGGACUUAUGAAGAAUUAAUAAAUCAGCUUGGUAAAUUUGAGAAAUUAGCCAAAAAUUAGAUAUAGACAUAGAUGAAAGAGGAGCUUGAAGGGGAUGUUUAAGAAGUGCAUCCAAAUAAAGAGACAUCUCAAAGAUCUAUUCAAGUCAAAAUGAAUAUAGCAGGCUAAUAAAAUAUAGCAAUAAUGGUUAAAGAAGAAAUGGAAAAGUUUAAGAAGCUAGAAGUUCCAACUUUAAUUAAGAAGGUCUCAGGCAAGGUUGAGGAAGGAAAAAGCAUAGCACCAUUGUAAGAUUAGGAGAAUCAAAGAACCUUGAAGGAAAAUAAACCGAAAGUGGAACCGGAUGCUUAAAUAGGCAGAUUAUUUACCUAUAAUUCUGAAGAGAAAAUUUAAUUUGUGAUUGGAAUAUUAGCAGCUUUGGCUAAUGGAUGCAUAUUUCCUAUAUUUUCAUUGUUUUUGGGAGAUAUGAUUACAGUUUUGGUUGAAUCUAAUCCCUCCUUUGCAGAUUAUUAAUGUCACAUGACAUAUAAUAAUCCAAGUAAAGAUUUAUGUGAUAUGGUUAAGAAGGAUUUAUAAGAUGAAGUGAGUUCAAAAGCAAAUAGAAUUGCAUUAUCCUUUUUCUUGAUAGGAGUGGCAGCUCAGAUUUUUUGGUUUAUUCAAACUUAUGCUCUUUCCUAUGUGGGAGAGAAACUCACUUGUAAGUUAAGAAUAGAUACAUAUAGAAAAUUAUUAAGGAUGCCAAUUCCAUUUUUCGAUCUUCCAAAAAAUAAUGCUGGAACUUUGACUAGUAGACUUUCAGUAGAUUGCAAAGUUAUAAAUGGACUCACUUCAUCCAUAUUAGGAAUUAACAUAGCCAAUGUUGGAUCAUUAAUUUGUGGCUUAGUGCUUGCUUUCAUAGCCAGUUGGUAAAUUACAUUAAUCAUGUUUGCACUUUCUCCUCUCUCAUAUGCUGGAGCAGUUCUACAAGCAAGAUUUGUUUAAGGGUUCUCUGAUCUAACAGAUGAAGCAUAUAAAGAUUCAGGGAACCUUAUUAUGGAAGCAGUCACUAAUAUCCGUACUGUAGUAUCAUUUGGAAAUGAGUAAGUUAUACUUGGAAUGUAUUCAAAUAAAGUGCAAUUGCCUUUAAUGAAAGCAAGAUAAAGAGGAAUCUAUGCAGGAUUGGCCUUCGGAUUCUCAUAAAUGUAAAUGUUCAUUAUCAAUGCAAUCGUAUUUUAUGUUGGUGCUUUAUUAUGUCGAGAUGAUAUUAUAACUAUUAAUGGAAUGUUUAAAUCUAUCUUGGCAAUCACUUUUGCCACUAUGAGUGCUGGAAAUAAUGCUGCCUUUGCAGGAGAUAUUGGAGCUGCAAAAAAUGCCAGUAAAAACAUAUUUGAAAUCUUGGAUAGUGAGGAUGAAUUUUAAAGAGAAGAAAGAUUGAAAAAGCAAAAAUUAACUAUUCCUAUUCAAGGAGAUAUUCAAUUUGAGAAUAUUACAUUUUAAUAUUAAGGUAGAAAUAAGAAGAUCUUUUAGAACUUAAAUUUACGUAUUAAAUAAGGGGAAAAAGUAGCAUUUGUUGGACCUUCUGGAUGUGGUAAAUCAACUUUAAUGCAGAUGUUAAUGUAAUUUUAUCAACCAGAUCAAGGUUGUAUUACUAUUAAUGGUAUCGAUAUCACUUAAUAUGAUAUUCGGUAUCUGAGGAGACAAUUUGGAAUUGUCUCUUAAGAACCAGUGUUAUUUAAUGGAACCAUUUCUGAAAAUAUUUAAUACAAUUUACCAAAUAUAACCACUGAAUAAAUAGAAAAUGCAUCUAAGCUAGCCAAAGCAUAUGAUUUUAUAAUAUCAAAUCAAUUUGAAGAGACCUAAAUAACAUAAAAAGGCACGGAUAAGCAAAGAGGAUAAGGAUUUUAAAGAUAGGUCGGUCCCAAAGGUACUUAAAUCUCAGGGGGUCAAAAAUAAAGGAUUGCCUUAGCCAGGGCGAUUUUAAGAAAUUCUAAUAUCUUAUUAUUAGAUGAGGCUACAAGUGCUUUAGAUACCACUAGCGAACAUUUGGUUUAAGAUAGUAUUAAUAAAUUGAUGCAAGGAAAAACUACCAUUGCUAUAGCCCAUCGCAUAUCUACAAUCAAGGUAUUUAUUGAAAUCUAUAUUUAGGAUUCCGAUGUUAUUUAUGUAUUUGAGAAUGGUAACAUAGUAGAACAAGGUAAUUAUUAAACAUUAGUUGCUCUUAAAGGGUCCUUUUAUAAAUUGGAAUAAGGAAUUACAAAUUGA